AUGGCGAUCCCGCAAACCAUGAAGGCAUUGCGCCUGGUCAAGUAUGGAGAGCCUUACAAGCUACAAGAAAUCCCCACCCCCACAAUCACAGAUAACGACCUAUUGAUCAAAGUCGGGGCCGCCGGCUUCUGCCACACAGACUACCAAGUCUACAAGGGGACAUACCAAUCCCCCUGCCCGCUAACAGGCUCGCACGAGCCCGCCGGAACAAUUGUCGACGUCGGCAAAACCGCCGCGGCGUCCGGAUGGAAGAGAGGGCAGCGGAUCGGGAUGCUGAAUUUCCGGCACGCGUGUAAGGCUUGUGUCGGGUGUAGGGUUGUCCAGCAGGACACACAGCGUCCGGAUAUCCGCUUCUGCGAGAAGAAGGAUAUGGCGGGGGUUACUGCCGAUGGCGGGUUCGCCGAGUAUGUUGUUGCGGAUGCGGACACCACUGUUCUACUGCCUGAUGGGUUGGAGUUUGAGCAGGCGGCGCCGUUGAUGUGUGCUGGUGCGACGGUGUGGGGAGGACUCGAUGCCGCGGGGGUAGAACCUGGCCUGCCCAUUGGGAUAAUCGGAAUCGGCGGGCUAGGUUCUCUCGCGGUGCAAUUCGCCGUUGCACGAGGCCAUCCCACAGUCGCCAUCGAUAACCGGGCUGAAGGCCGACAACUCGCCAAUGAAGGACCAGAACAGCUACGACCCCAGAAAACCAUUGACUCGACCUCCCCAAAUGCAAUGCAGGAAAUCAUCGACUUUGCCGGUGACGGAGGUCUCGCAGCCGUGCUAGUCUGCACCGACAACGUCAAAGUAACGGAAUGGAGUCUUAAACUCCUCCGGCCACGGGGUGUCUGCGUGCCGCUCGGACUUCCAGAGGAUGGGUUCAAGUUCAGUGCGUUUGAUCUGAUCUUCAAGGAACUUAGGGUCAAGGGGAGUCUGGUGUGCAAUCAGCCGCAGGCGUCGGAGUUGAUGAAGCUUGUGGCUGAGAAGGGGGUUCGUUCGCAUGUGACGAGGAUUGGGUUGGCGGAGGCGAUGGAUUUGCCGGAGAGGUAUAUGGAUCCGCAUCUCAAGGGGCGGCUGGUUGUUGUUUUGUAG